UCUCGAUCCUGCUCUCUCCUCUGCGUUUCUCCUCUCUCCGCCUUUUACAUAUCCUCACCACUCACCAGGCGCCGUGACUAUACACCAUCUCAAUCACUCACACGCUCUCCCAUUUAUUCUUAUAUUAAAUCCCCCCAUGUGAGCAGGUCGCAGCUAUUUUCUCCUCCCGCUUGAGAAUCACCAACAAUCGUUUUUUUUUUUUUUUUGUUUUUUGCUUCUUAUUACAAUACCACCAGACGGACACGGGACACGGACACGGACACAGGCAAGCUUCCGCAAAACUCAUCCCACAACCACCAGCAAGCACCAUACACCAUACACCGUACACCGUACACGCUUCCGGUUCUCGAACCCAUCCCCGUGCCGGAAACAGGUGUUUUCGAAGGGGACUCGAGAAACAGCGGGUCUUUCCUGUUUCCCUUUACUUUUCGAAAAACCUACCCUUACUCACUCACUUGCGCAUUAUACAAUCCUGCCGCUUUUUCAGAGCGGACCGACCCCCAGUAGUCUUUAUUUUGGCGCGCGCGCGUGGGAGCCGGGACAGGAUAACCAGCCCAUCAUCAAUUCAGCAUCAUCUAUAUAUUCCCGCCGCCUUUCUCCCUCCCCACCCCCCCCCCCCCUUUUCAGUGAAGAUGGCGGUUCAAGCAGCUAUGAUCGCGGACACCAUCACCGCGAUGAAGAGGGCGCUUGAGCGGCAGCGGUCAGUUACUGGCGUCGACGACCCCAUCACACAACCCACGAAUCGCGGAAAUAAACUUAGGAUAAAUGCGGAAUAUGUUCAUGAGGGAGCUCUUGGGUUCAUGGAUGGGCUGGAGUUUUAUAGAAAGAGGAUCAAUCAUGCCGGUUAUACGAGGGAUAUAUUAGAACGCAAUCCGCCCAAAUAUGACUCUGAGGGCGAUGAAUUGGAUGAAGAAGACGCGGAGGAACACGCCGAUCCUGAAUUGGCGGACGAAAAUCCGUUCGGGGAGAUACACCUGGAAGAACUCCUCGGCCCUCUGAAACAUCCUUCCCAACUCGCGACCCACCCAUCCAUGUCCCAUCCGUAUACCUCCAAAAGCCUACAAAAGAUGGUGGACAAUGCCAACGCAAAGCUUCGACAGGAGCAGGAGAUCCUCCAUAAGGCCAAGAGACUACACAGGGAGCUGCUGGGCGAUGCACCUUGGAUGCCUUGCGGCUUUUUGGAGACCAUGGACGAUAGAAAUAUAUUUGACCCGAAUUACGGAUUUAAUAGCCAUCCCUCGUCAAAACACGGGAAUGGGAGGGGUAAAUCGGGCCAAUCCUCGCGCAGAGGAUCGGCUGUGGAUCAGGCUCUCCAGACAGGGAAUAAGUUCGCAACAAGCGUGCCGAAUCACGACGCCUUGGAUUACGCAGUCAAUGGCGUGUCUGCCGCGCAGCGCAAUGCUGGUCAUGAUGUUGAGAUGGGUGAUGCCUCGGAGGAGCCGCUGGAGAAGAAGGACCCAGUUGAUCCCGAGAAGAAGGUUAUGAAUGAGCCCACCAAACCAAAUGGGCAGGCUGUAUCUCCUCCAGAGUCUAUAAAUGGAGAUGACAUAUCGAAGAACGCGGAGGCAAAAGGACAAUCGUCGAAAGCAACUACCGACGAAGAUCCUCUCAAAACCAAAGAAGAACCUAAGGAUAGCACCCCCGUUGAUGCUACCGCCACUGCCAACGGAGAUGACAUAAACAUGGAUAAAGAUAAAGACGGUGACCGCACAGAAGACGAAGCAGCCGACGGCAACGACGAAGGAAUCUCCUCUCCCGAACCCCCACGCCGCAUGACCACCCGCGCCCGCGCAAACCAAGCCGCAAACCAACCCACAACCCCAACCUCUUCAGACACCGCCCGCUCCGACACCCCUUCCUCCUCCACAGCCAACGACCCCUUAACCAUGCACCCCAUCUUCGUCCUCCCUCCCACCCACCUCGACCGCACCUGCGGCCUUCCCCCCACUGAAGCCGACGAAGUCCGCCGUAUGCUCUGGUCCUAUAUCCAGAAGCAGGAAGAGACGGUGCGUGCGUCGCAGCGCAUGUACCAGAUGCUGCUGGGCGCGUAUCGGAAGAAGCAGCUGGUGUGGGAGUGGUGUAAAGCCGAGGGCCAUGUGGGGGAGUUGAGCGAUGGGGAGGAUUGGUAUGAUCGGGAGCAGUGGGGGUUGGGGGAUGGGGAGGAUUUGAGGAAGGGGGCUGAUGAGGAUGAGUUUGAUGGUGGGGUGGAUAAAGGGGGGGGGGGGGGGGGUGGGUCAGGGACGGGGACGGGGACGGGGUCGGGGAAGAGGGGGAGGGGGCGGAGGACGUGAUUGAUUUUUUUUUUUUUUUUGUCUUUUAUUUUCUUUUAUUUUCUUCGAUUUUGAGGUUGGGAUUUUUGGACUUUUUUUUAGCUGGAUUCGAUUGGAUAAGAUUGAACUGGGAUGGCAUUGAAGGAUGGAUGGAUGGAUUGGUUGACUGAUUGAUGAAAUAUGAACGUGCAAAACAUCUGAGAUAUAGGCAGAUAGGGCGGAGCCUCUCAUUUUUUUUAUUUUAUUUUUUUUUGAUUUUUCUUCCCCGUCUCGCUUUUCCCCUGUUGGUAUUCUUCUGCUCAUCGUCGGUGAUUUAGGGAUUUAGCGAACCGUUUUUUAUUCUUUUUGUUCUUUUCCCCUCCUCUGUACCCUACCAUUCUCUCUCCCUCUUCAUCAUUGUUAUCUUUAUCUCGCCGUCUCCUUUCCUAAGCCUCUAUUCCUAUUCCCUCUUCCCUUUCUAUCUAAUCUUCCACCCAUCCAAGGCGGCUUUGGCUUUUAUUAAUGUAGGUCGAUUGGGUGCUUUUUGCUUUGGCUUUUGCGUUGUUCAUCUUCCCGGUGACCUCCCAUUUUCUUCCUGCUGGUCCACCAGAGGACCUUGUAACGAUAAAAACUGAAUGCUUUUUCUUUCUAUAUCCUUCAUAUACUUCAUCAAUCUCAGCGUGAAAAUUCCCAGUUACGUUAGUAAAAAGGCAAAAACUCAAUGACUUCUCUUCUAUUCUCAUUUUGAAUUAAAUGUAACCCCUCUCUCUAUACGGUAUAUCGCCCGCCGCUUACCUAGGUGCUCCCAUCUCUCCUAGGAUAGCUAUAGUUAUGUG